UUCAAAUGUCCCAACCAACCAGCGGGAUAGCAUUUGGUAUUUAGAUAGCUCUGUAAAUUCUUCGUUUUCACACAUCGUACCACUAACCUGCAAUCAUGCCGAAAGACCAGUCUUCCUCUAGGAGUUCUAGAAGCGAAAUGAAGUCGAAAUCAGAUCAAAAUGUAAAAGUGUGUAAGAAGGGUGAACAAGCAUCAACAUGCCCCAAAGUGUCCUCGAAAGUGCGGCGCAAUAUGGAGCGAGUGGAGAUGCUCGCUCGUCCCAACGCUCGCCGGCUGCGCUCUUUGUGGGACGAAAAGUGCAGCAUUCUGUCUCCGGCCAGGAGGGACAAGAUCAAGAGUGCCCUAGAGGAGGACUACUUUCUGAGCCCUGAACAAACGGAGCAGUACUUUCAAGCAUACGGCACGAAGCUGUGGUCGAGCCCCGGCGGCAUGGCCAUGAGGAGCCAGGUCGGCGGCGACAAGUCCAAAGAGAUACGGCAGCGGCAGAAGUGGCUCAUCAACUUUAGUGCACAGGUGGCGUACAGUCUCUGCGACUACAUAGCGAAGGGUCAGAAAGAGAUGUUGGUCUCAAACAGACUUCGAAGCAUCGCUGAUGUGGUCUUGGAGAGGGUUGCCGACAUAUUGGGCGAGCCGAAGCCGUCGCGCACGCACCCGGGCCGCCUGGCGCGGUUCAUGGUGGCGAUAUCUGAUCGCAUCGCGGUCUGGAUCGAGAAUGCCGUGUAUCGAGCCGAUGCCUUGGAGCCCAGGGAGUCCAACGUGGACGAGCAUAUCCGGCUGGAUACCGAGAAACCCAUUAUUUGCUAAAAAGCAUUCUUCGUGCUGUGUUGCGUGGCGCUGUCCACCGCGGCUCCACAGCCCCAGCUGUUGUUGAACGGGCUCGGCUACGGCGGGCUUAUUCAGCCUGGUCUGGUCGCCACUGGGCUAGGUGGA